AUGUCGAACUUUACCUCCGUUCCCUUCAUCGACUUUCAGCGUCUUCAAGAUCCAGAAACCAAAGCAGAGACCCUGGCCCAGCUCCGCGACGCCAUCUUCCUCGUAGGCUUCCUGUAUCUCACGAACCACGGACUGGAAUCCCUCACCAAACGCGCCCACGCCGCCCUCCCAACCCUCUUUUCCCUCCCAACCGAAACGAAAGAACAAACGAACAUGAUCAACUCGCCCUCUUUCCUGGGCUACACGCGUCUCGGGGCCGAAACCACCGCACUCAAAACCGACAUGCGAGAACAAUUCGACUUCGGCACCCCCAACCUUCCCCCCUCCAACACUCAAACAGCACCAGUCUGGUCCCGCCUCGAAGGCCAAAACCAGUACCCUACACCAGCCACUCAAUCCCUUGUAGAAGAAUACAUUACCUCUUUCAUCCCAUUAAGCAACACCUUCCUCCAAUACGUUGCCGAAUCCCUCUCUCUCCCGCCAACAACCUUCGACACGUACAGAGGAACCAUGGACAGACUCAAAUUCAUCAAGUACCCGCCUCAAUCCUCAGGGGAAGACAAAUCCCAAGGCGUAGGGCCACAUAAAGACUCAACCGGUCUAUUUACCUUCCUAUCACAAGAUACGACAGGCGGAUUACAAGUCCUUAAUAAACGCGGCGACUGGAUCGAUGUUCCCCGGCUGGAAGAUGAGGGGGCACUAGUGGUAAAUAUUCAGCAGGGGUUUGAGGCUAUCACGGGGGGUGUUUGUAGUGCGACGGUUCAUAGGGUUGUUGCACCCAAGAAUACAACGCGAUACAGUAUCCCGUUCUUCAUGGGGAUACGGAUGGACUUGACAUUGUCAAAUUUGCGUGAUUCGGCGAGACAUAUUGUUGAGAAGGUUCCUGUGGGGCAGUGGUCUGAUGAGGAUGAGAUGAAGAGAAGGGCCGAGGAUGUGCCGAGUGAGUUUCUUUCGGACAGGUUCGAUUGUUUCGGCGAAGCCUACCUCCGCAAUCGAAUCAUCAGUCACCCUGACGUCGGGAAGAAAUGGUAUCAGGAGCUGUAUGAGCGGUACUCGAAUGAUCCUUUUUAUUUGCAUUGA